CGUGCAACAGGCCGUUUCUCCCCAUCCUCCAAAAAACACCAUUUCUACCAACCCUGAAACGUCCUGUAGACAAAAACGGAAGCAACAACCUGAUAGCUCCCGAGUCACGAUUUUGCGAACGGUGCGUACGGAAGACGGAUCAUCGGAGAGAGAAAAUUGAAAUCUCACGGAAAAUUCCGAUAAUCAUCUCCUGCAUCCAUGGAUUCGAUGCUGUGGAGCGGGGAUAUGAUUUGUCCCAUGUCUCAGGUUGAUCCUGUACUGAAUGGGGAUCCUAGAGUUCUUCAGCAAUUGAUUAAGAAUGAAAGAAUUCAGGGAAAGAGUUUUAGACAUAUCAACACCCGGUGUUAUUUUAAAGAAGCCCAGGAGGAGGUUCAGCCUCAUAUGAGGAGGAUACUUACGAAGUGGAUGAUGGAGGUUUGUGAAGAACAAGGUGCAGACGAUAUUAUUUUUCCACUAGCAACAUCAUACGUGGACAGAUUUCUGGCUUGUGUCAGGAUACGAAAAACACAAUUACAACUCCUCGGAGCUGUGUGUCUGCUUAUUGCUUCCAAAUUAAGGCAAUGUCGAUCUUUUACGGUGGAUGCCCUUAUAUACUAUACAGAUUACUCUGUUUCCACGAGGGAUAUUACGACGUGGGAGCUUCUGGUUCUGAAUACUCUCAAAUGGGAUAUGGCAGCAGUGAUUGCAAGUGAUUUCAUUGAUCCAUUAUUGUCCAGGCUGAAUGUUGAAAGAGAAGAUAUCGUUAGGCGGCAUGCCUACACGUUUAUUGCCCUAUGCGCAACUGAAUAUAAGUUCACUGCUUAUUCUGCAUCAUUGUUAGCUGCAUCGUGUCUUGCAGUUGCUAUAAAUGGACUCACAUGGUUGCAGAAGCCCUGGGAAUCAUUAUCUGCUCUAUUAGAACAUUUAACUGAGCUUAUGGACAUCAAUGUUAAAUACUUGGAAAUUUGCAUAACGGAUGUCGAAGCUUUAAUCGCCUCUAACAUAGCACAACUUAAUCAAGCCAUAUCAAAAGCAACCACUUCAGCAACACUUAACAAUAACUUGAGUUGUUCAGUAACUGCUAAUGGAACAAAAUCGCAAAUUGAAACCACUGCAGAGAUGUCAGAUGUUAUAUAUUAAUUUUUCUUUUUUUUAUGAAAGAAGAUAUUAACUUGAUAUGUUAAAUGAAAUCCAAACAUCUACAGAGUUAUAUUUCAGUUGAAAAGUAUUUAGAGAACUAAAUUUUAACAAGUUGAAAAUGUUUUAUGUUAAAUGUUUAUUCGAACAAAAUUAUGUAAAAAAUGUAUAAGAUUUUAUAACUGUUUGUAU